AUGCAACGCUUUACUGCCCGCUACGCCGUCAGCGCCUCGGCUCGUCGGUUGCCAUCGCGCUUCGGUAUGUACUGGACACAGCGGUGCCCCUCGCGCUUCGCGGCAACCAAGUUCCAUCUCUCCGCCGCGAGCGAGACGGCCGCGGCCGCUAAGCCCUGGGUAGCACCACCGCAUAACCGGUCCGUUGCCCACUGGCUGUACAUCAGCGCCGCAUGCGUUGGUGGCGUUGUCUGGUUUGGCGGCGUGACACGCCUGACGGAGAGUGGGCUGUCCUUGGUGGAGUGGAAGCCGAUUAGCGGCGUGCGCCCGCCGCUGACGGACGAGGAGUGGGACAGGGAGUUCCACCACUACCAAGAGUUCCCCGAGUUCAAGCAGAAGCCGAACAUGACGCUGACGGAGUUUCAGUUCAUUUUCUUCUGGGAGUGGGCACAUCGCGUGCUCGCGCGCAGCCUCGGCCUCGUCUUUGGUGGCCCGCUGCUGUACUACGCCGGCCGCGGCUACUUCAAGGGCAACGGCAAGUUCCUGGCUGGUCUCGUCGGCAUCCUGGGCCUGGGUGCUGCCCAGGGGUUCAUGGGGUGGUACAUGGUCACAAGCGGGCUGGACAACAAGCUGCUGGAGGAGCGCAGGAAGGCGACCGUGUCCGCCUACCGGCUCGCCGCCCACCUAGUUCUCGCCUUCACCAUCUAUUCCUUCAUGCUGCGCAUGGGCUACGGGCUGAAGCUACCGGUCAUGGCACCCUUCCCUCGCAUGGCCAAGGUGCAGCUGUGGUUGCGGCUGUCCUUUGCCAUGAUGUUUGUGACGGCCAUCUCAGGCGCCUUUGUGGCUGGACUCGAUGCGGGGCUCCUGUACAACGAUGGCUUUCCGUGGAUGGCUGGCGGCGUCUUCCCACCGGCUGACCAUCUCUUUGCCCUGGAGCCGACGUGGCGCAACUUCUUUGAGAACCCGUCGAUGGUGCAGGCGACCCACCGCGUCAUGGCCGGCGUGACCCUUCUGACGAUCACGGGACUGAACGUGGCCGCGUCGCGGCGGCGCGGCUUCAUUCCGCCGCCUGUCUUCCGCAGCCUCAUGUUCGUGAACACGGCUCUGCUGUUCCAGGUCAGCCUUGGCAUGUGGACGGUGAUGUCGACGGUGUACGUCCCCGUCGCCGUGUCUCACCAGAUGGGUGCGCUGAUACUUCUCACCACUCUGGUUCGCAUGUGCGCAGUGGUGGGCAGUCGUGGCGUCGUGCUCGCCUAG